AUGCGGCCGUCCGCGAUAUUCCCGGCGCUCUGCGCCAUCGCCGCCCUCGUUCUGGGCUUCCUCUGCAUCUUCGCUGGCCACAAGAAGGACUUCAUGGAGGAUUACCACAUCCUGACGCUCAACACCAGCCGCAUCGGGCAGAACGUGCUCAGCGAGCUGGAUUCCUCCAGCUCUAGCAGCUCGAGCAACAGUGUGCUCAGCUGGAUCCAGAACGCCACGUCGAGCAUCUCCUCGGACAUCACCGACGAGCUCAACGACGCCGUCAACAGCGUCGUCGAGUCGAUCGCCGAGGAUCUCGGACUGCAGGACUUCUACUCGGCGCAUCUGAUGGACUACUGCUGGGGCGACUACACGCCGCAGGCCGUGGCCAACUCGACGGUCCACGCCGACCAGAUCCACAAGAACGUGAGCGGCUGCUCCAACAGCACUGCCAUGUUCCACUUCGACCCCACCGAGGUGCUCGAGCGCUCGCUGAACGAGUCGGGGCUCGGCAUCACGCUCGACGAUCUCAACUGGCCCGACGACAUCCAGCAGGGCCUCGACGCGCUGCGCAUCGCCUACAAGGCCAUGUUCGUGCUCUACUGCAUCGCCGUCGGCCUGUCCUUCCUCGUCCUGGUCGGCUCCGUGGCCGGCAUCUUCCUCACCGGCGGCCGCCUGUCUGCCUUUGUCAACGUCAUGCUCGCCCUCCUUGCAUUCCUGGCUUUCGGCAUCGCCAGCGCUAUCGCCACUGCCGUGGCGGUCAAGGGCAGUGAUGUUAUCAACCAAUACGGCAGCGACAUUGGUGUCCAGGCGCACCGCGGCGGCAAGUUCAUGGCCAUCUCGUGGGCAGGCACCGGUGUGUUGUUCCUGGCCAUCCUGGCGUGGUGCGUUGAGUGCUGCAUCGGCCGCAGGCACACCAAGAGGAGGACGUUCGCCGAGAAGCCGUGA